AUGGGAAAAAAUAUUUUGGCUGAGAAGAUCUCUGUUGAGGUUUCUAAAUACAUUGAAGCAAUUUCUGAAAGUGGAGGAAAACCUACGGACAUCAGGACUCUGACCAACAUCAGCGUUUCGAAUAUAAUUUGUUCAAUUAUUUUUGGCAAGAGAUUUGAGUUCGAUGACCCAAAGUUCAUCGAACUGAUUAAAGCUUUAAACUUAGCAAUUGCAUCUAUUUCCGGAACCUCUCUGCUCAAUUUCCUGCCCGCACUUCGACUUUUGCCCUUUGACCCUUUCAAGUCUAAACAGCUGAUUGCUCGCUUAACUGCAACCCAGAAUUUUGCGAAGAAAAUGAUUGAUGAAAUUAAACACGACUCCACCAACACGAAAAAUUUCAUCGCCGCUUACAUUAACGAAAUGAAAGAAAAAGAAAAUCGUGGCGAAUCCACUUUACUGGACGAGUCUAAUUUAGUUCGAGUUAUUGACAACCUGUUUGGCGCAGGAACUGAGACAACAAGCACCACCAUCUUGCGGAGCUUGUUGUUUGUGCUUCAUAAUCCGGAAGUUCAGAAAAAAAUCUACCAGGAGAUUUUAGAACAAGUCGGAGUGAACCGCGCUCCGACUAUCAAAGAUAGACCCAGGCUUAAAUAUCUGACAGCGUUUAUCAUGGAAACACAACGGAUGGCUAGUCUGGUGCCAUUUAGUCUCAUCCACGUCUGCAAUCAGGACGCAACAGUAGCCGGGUACACCAUCCCCAAGGGGACGCAAAUCAUUCCCAACCUGGACGCCGUCCUGAUGGAUGAAAAAAUCUGGGGCGACCCACGUAACUUCCGUCCAGAGCGCUUUCUUGACGAACAAGGCAACAUCAAAAACAGAGAGGAAUUCAUUCCUUUUUCCAUUGGCCGACGAAUCUGUUUAGGCGAAUCUUUAGCCAAGAUGGAACUUUUUCUGUACUUAUCUUCCUUGUUCCAGCAUUUUGAAAUCCUUCCAGCUAAAGAUAACUCCAUUCCACUAAUUAAAGAAACAUUUGCCAUCGUUGUCUCCCUUGAACCUUUUGAAAUUCGCUGUGUGGAAAGACACCUAAAUGUGAACAAGUAG